AUGAAGUUCACUUCCGUUGCUAUCAUUGCCCUCGCUGCCGGUGUUCAGGCCAGUAGCUUCAAGCAAAAUGAGCCCGCCGCCAAUCACGGCAAGUAUAUCGCUAGGGCUGUUGGCACUGCUGCCACCGCUGGCACUGCCGUCUCCACUGGCAUCCACCCCAUCAUGACCGGCACUUCUGGCACCAACGGUACCAUCAGCAGCACCAACGGUACCUCCGUCGUUACCUCUAGCGUCCACGGUGGCGCCGCCGCCGCCAGCACCAUCCCUGUCUCUGUCCCCAGCUCCACCCCCGCCAGCGGUGUUAGCAGCUCUGGCUCCUCCAGCUCUGGCUCUUCGGGCGCGGGCUCUUCCGGCUCCAGCUCCGGCUCCAGCUCCGGCAGCGCCUCCAGACCCAGCUCCUCUGGCUUCGUUCCCUCCAGCCCUGGUGCCAAGGUCUCCGUCUCCAUGGUUGCUGCUGCUCUUGGCAGCGUUGCCUACGGUGCUCUCAUCUUCCUCGCAUAA